AGGGGGGAGCCCCGCAGGGCUGCCUGGGUGUCGUCGGACCAACUCUGCCCCAGCAGGGGGCGCUGCGGCCGCCUCCCCGGGUGCGCGGGCGGGCGGGGCCAUGUUCUCUGAGCGAUAAGGCCGCGGCGGCCGGGCGGCAGGGCCAUUUUCGGGCCGGCAGCGCAGGCGCGGCUCCCAAUCUCAGCCUGGACCGCGCGCCCCGCCCGGCUGAGCUGAGCGUGGGGCGGGCCCGGGGAGGAGGCGAAUCCCGUCCCGAGGGGUCCCUGCGCGGAGCAGCGGCGAAGAUGGACACCUUUGUUCCCUAUAAGGAAAUCAUCCUCAUGUAUUUAGAAAAAGCAAGGAGCUUUGUGAAUGAACAGUGUGCUGGGAUUGAACCCUGGCAGCUGAUUGGCUCGACAUUUGCUUCUACUCUGGUGGUGGUGUGGCUGCACAGUAUCCUCUUCCAACCAGAGAGUUUAACAUCACGAAGUAAAAAAUGGUUCUUUAAAACUCUAAGAAAACUGCCUUUUCUUGGCGCCAUAAUACAGAAGCAGUUUAACAAGGCCUUGGAUGAUGUAGCCUCUGGUUUGCACUUUCUGCAUGAUGGAAGAGGUUAUAUCGAAGCAUUGCCAGCGCAAGGCAUGAGCCAAUCUGUACUACUAGGGAAGAUGAAGGAGUACAGCUCUAUGGGUAAAGUACAUUGGGAGGAUGGGAAAGUCUCUGGGACAGUCUACAGCGGGGAAGAGAAACUCACUCAUUUGCUAGUGAAGGUUUAUGAGGAGUUUGCAUGGAGUAAUCCCCUUCAUCCAGAUGUGUUUCCAGGCCUGAGGAAGAUGGAAGCGGAGGUGGUGAGGAUGGCCUGCACGCUCUUCAAUGGGGGACCUAACUCCUGUGGAGUAACAACCUCUGGUGGGACUGAGAGCAUUUUGAUGGCCUGUAAAGCCUACAGGGAUCUAGCCUAUGAGAGAGGAAUCAAGCACCCAGAAAUACUGGUUCCAAUAAGUGUUCAUGCAGCAUUCGAUAAAGCAGCUCAUUAUUUUGGACUGAAGAUUGUGCACAUACCGUUGACCAAGACCAUGCAAGUGGAUGUUCAGGCAAUGAGAAGGGCUAUUUCGAAGAACACUGCAAUGCUGGCGUGUUCAGCUCCCCAGUUCCCCCAUGGAGUUAUGGACCCAAUUGAAGAGGUGGCAAAGCUGGCACUGAAGUAUAGAAUCCCCUUCCAUGUGGAUGCCUGUCUGGGUGGCUUUCUCAUUGCUUUCAUGGAGAAGGCAGGGUUUCCACUACAGCGUCCAUUUGACUUUCGUGUGGAAGGCGUGACUAGCAUUUCUGCAGACACCCACAAGUAUGGCUAUGCCCCAAAAGGCUCUUCAUUGGUAUUGUACAGUGACAAGAAAUACAGGCACUAUCAGUUUUUUGUUGCACCUGACUGGCAAGGGGGCAUUUAUGCCUCCCCCACCAUUGCUGGCUCCAGGCCUGGUGGCAUCAUUGCAGCUUGCUGGGCAACCAUGAUGUACAUGGGAGAAGAUGGUUAUGUUGAGGCUACUAAGAAGAUCAUUAGUACUACACGGUUCAUUGAAUCAGGGUUGCGGAAAAUUGACAACAUCCAAAUCUUUGGGAAACCUGAGGUGUCUGUCAUCUCUAUCGGAUCAGAUGUUUUUGACAUCUAUCGGCUGUCAAAUUUGUUAAGCGCUAGAGGAUGGAACUUAAAUGUCCUGCAGUUCCCGUCAAGCCUCCAUCUCUGCAUUACGCUGUUGCACACAAAACCUGGCAUUGCAGAACAAUUCUUGGAGGAUGUCCAAGACUGCGUCUUAGAGAUCAUGAAGGACCCUACAGCCAAGACCACUGGCAUGGGUGCCAUCUAUGGAAUGGCGCAGUCCAUCCCGGACAGGAAGAUGGUAUCAGAGAUUUCUCAUGCAUACUUGGACUGCCUCUAUAGCACAGACAUUCCUUCUAGUGACAAACACAUGAACGGUUCUCCUGGACACUCCUGAAUGUAGUAACUGGUACUUUGCCAGCCAGAUCUGAGGUGGUAUUCUGAAUUCCUGGAGGAAGAUGAUCAUACUAAGCUACUGUCUUUGAUCAGGUCAGGCAGCAGCUUAUCUACAGAACUUUCCUCCCCUUUCUCUGUCUCAUCCCUCUACUUUCUGAAAUCAACUUUUGAGUAAUUUCCACUGUCUUUGUCACUUCUCAAUAGUUGGUUUAGUUUUAAUUUUUCUAUUAUAUCUCCUUGGUUAGCUACCAAGACUAGUCCUAAAAGUCUUGGAUGGAAUGGCAUUGUUAUGGCAAUUGAAUGUCCAUUCCACAACCCCCUAACUCCUCAGGUAUUCUGUCUGUUUAUUCUGUACCCUUUCUUUUCCUGGAAGAAAAGCUCUGGAUCUUCUAUUUAGUGAAUGCCCCACUAGGAUUUGGGUUUUCUGUAGUUGUCUGAAACAUAGAGACACUGAAGUAACCUCCCCAGAAGUUGGAGGUAGAAAGUGAAUUGAACACAAGUAUUCAGUGACUCUUUCAACUGUACUGCUACCUACUGUAGGAAACCGUGUUUAACAAAUUGCGUGACGGGGGAUUAUAUCUUGUUAACACUGAACAUGAUCGUCUUUCCUUUAUUGAUUCCCCAAUCCAGUCUUUGAAUUCUUUACAUAUGGAGAUCCAGUUAGACACAGUUAUCAAUUUAUAGAUAGUAAUUUCUUUGGAUGAUUUUCUUAAUGUAAGCAACUCUUCCUGAGUCUUCUAUAAAUUGCAAUCGAAGUAGAAAAUUAAUUUUAAACCAAAUGGGUAGGAUAGGGGAAAGAGUCUGAAGGUACUCCUCAGGAACCACUCUUUAUACAGUAUCAUUGCUUUCCUGCCUCUUGUUCUAGAACUUUUACAUUACCACCCAUAAUGCUGUUGAAUCUUGCACAACUCCAAGGGAGAGCAAAAUGAUUAUUUUAUUUUAUGUAACUUGAAGGUUUU